CAGUUGCGAUUAGCCUCAACAGCUCCGAUUAAUGGAAUAUGCAGCUUAAGACAGUCUAAGCUAUGGUGGCGGACUGGCAGAAGGCGGUGUUUGCCUUUUCCUUUGGCAUGCUCUGGGGCGCGACGCAAGCAAUCGUACAAUAUAUCUACAAAACCUUCUUCUACGACCCAUUCUAUCAAAUGAAGGGAGAGUAUGCAGAGUUUCAAGAGAAGCAGAAUUAUCAAUCCGAACCCGAACUGAAUAAGGAACAGGAGGAAUCUUUGGACGAGCAAUAUCCGACGUCACGGGAGCCGUCGGAUGAUGAGUGGAUAUCAGCCCAGAGGUUCUAUGAGGAGGGGGCCGCUUGCGACAAGCUGUACCGUAAAGCAGAGGUGGAAUAUUUGAAGGUUAUGAGGGAUACUGCUCCCGGCGACCCUAUAAGGGAGAAAUACAAGCCUAAACCUUACCCCUCCAACCAGGAGAUUAAACAAUCGUUCUUCAGAGAACACGGCAUGUUUACUAACUAAGAUAUUGUACUACUUGAUUCACCCAGUGAGUGCGUUGCUACUCGGCCUCACUUUGACCUACGGCUUGUUUGUUGCCAAGUUGCUGAGAGGAGCUCUGACUCAUCACCAUGUACAGUGUUUACUGAGAGACUCGGAAGACUUGGUCCCUCAACCACAGUGGAGAGACAUAGUCAAAGUACUACAAGAAAAUAAAUCCAAAAGUAAAUGCCCCAUGAGUGUUAUGGGCACUGCUUUAGUGUUAGCUAGCAAAAGUAAAAGGCAUUAGAUGGUUUUGUUUAUU